AUGCAGGAAGUGAAAAGAAAUCGUUUAUCUAUUGAAUCACGAUUAUGUCGAACAUUAAUUUCAUCAGAACAUAAUUUGACAAUUGCUCUCACUGUUGAGGAUUUUGGUGAAGAACUCGUCAAUGUUAGUCUAUGGAGUGAUUUAAAAAGUUUUCCACGUUUGAAAACAGAUUAUAAUAUAUCAGAUCUAACAUUUGUUUUUCGUGGUUCAUCAUUAAGAUCAGCGUGCAAGGAGCGAAUUACAUUUUUAUCAUUACGAUGUGAUGAUCAAAUAGAAAAUGCAACAAGAUAUAAAGUACAAUAUCCGACAGAUUCAUCAUCAUCAAAUUGUGCUUCUAGUACAUGUAAUGGUUGUACAUUUCAUUUUCUUUUACGUACAAUAGAUGCAUGUCCCAUAUGCGAAGAAUCAACUGGAUAUGAAACAUUUAGAGGUGAAUGUCAUCUGGGAAAACAACAAAUUAGAAAAAUACCAAAAAGGUUACAAGAUCGAUAUAUGCAACUGAUUGAGAAUAUAAAUCCGGAUGAUUAUUUUCCCGUUGACAAUGUUUGUAGCACCGGUUUGGAUGAUGAAGACGAUAAUGAAGAAAUUGAUAUGAAAAAUCAAUCAAAAGCCAAAAAAUUCAUGAGCAUCUUCAAAAAAGCAUUAAAAAAAGUAUGAACUUUAUUAUUUGCAUAAUUACUAAACUUCUAACGAGAGAACCUUGCCAGGUGAUUUAAAGCUUUUUCUGAUUAAAGCUAGGCUUUUUUAUAGUGAUUCUUGAUGCUGAUCCUUGUUUGUGUCCUUAUUAAGUCGACUGAGUGAAACGAUAGGGAGACUUAUUCUAUUUAGUUUCGAGCGUUGCCUAGCAAAAUUCUUCUUUCUUUAUUUCUUUCUAUAACGUUUUUCUCGCUCGAUUCAGGUACUAGUUCUAGGUUAUAACUGAUCGUAGAGAGUCGGGAAAAAGAUCAGUCAAAUCUACAACAGUUGUAGAUGACACACCUGAGGUUAAGUUUUCUAUGUAUACUUUAGUUCAGCUAUAACUGAGCAUAUCUUUUUGAAGAACUUUGCCGUUGUCUGUAUGAGAUAAUUAAUUGUCACGUGAUUCACUUCAUAGUGAAUAUAUGCUACAGUAAUGGGUAUAAUGAAAGCUAUACUAUACUAGAACAUAUGACACGAUAAUGAAUCAGCUGAUAUAGGAUUAUAAGAAUUCUUGAAAAAUAGUGUAACUGUUAUGUGUUUGUAGAUGUCCUGGAUUCGACGAUAUUUCUAAUUUUAUGAUCUAACUACUUCCCCCAGGCUAUAUUGAUUGUCUAGCGAAGUGUUUUAAUGACUGGCUAAAAGAUUGUCAUUUUCCGGAGGUUUGGCAGUUAGCAAAAAUUGUUACGCUUAAUAAAUUAAAAGCAGGCACGCCUUCUUG